AUGGAUACGUUCGAAUGUACUUUCGCCGGCUGCGGAAAAGUGUUUACCGCUAAACGUAACAUGGCCCGUCACGCUAAAUCCCACGGUAAUGUAAAAAUUCAAUGCGCUCUAUGCCCGACAUCGUUCGCGCGUAAAAACAGCCACGAUAUCCAUGCGAAACUUGUCCACCGUGAUGGAAGAGUCGGGCCAUCUAAUACUAUCGCCGGAACAUCUACAGGGCCGUCGAUUUCUACUACGACAUGGACUACGGACGAGGAAAAUGACGCGUUGUUGGCAGAUGUAUGUCCGGCCAUCAAUGAUAUGGUGGGAUUCGACCACGAAGGUAAGUAUUCUUUAUUAUGCCCCCAUCACGUAGCGAGGAAAUUAAUUUUUUUUUUUCUGUCCCUUGAUAGGUUUUAAACGCGCAUUGAAAGAAGAUACCUCCGCUGGAAUGAAGAAAGGUAGGAUGGAAUUGUUGAAUGCUCCGGGUUUUGUGGAGGUGGACACGUCAUUUUCUCGUAAAAUCGUUUGGCACUACGCCAAAAAUAUUGAUAAUAUAUACAACUACAGACAAUUUCUCCGUUCAAUCAAACCAGCACUUUUAGACCUACUCAAAAAUAUUGUUAAAAAUAAUCCGAUUAAAUUCAAUUCGAAACUCGAGGCAACCCAUUACAAACCGCAGGUAGAACAUUCCGCCGUAAACAGAGCGUUCAAGACCUCAGCCAGGCACAUAUAUUUUGAUAGCGAGAUAGAAGACAUAGUCGAACGAAAAUUAAUUUCCGAACAGGAUAUUUAUCAGGGUCAAGGAAGUGGGUUCUCCCUAAAUUGUAUCGGUGGGAUAUUAUUAGGAUUUUAUAAAUAUCAAACCAUGGGCGGAUCGUCAUAUUUACCGUUACCCGAAGAUAUUAUAAAUAAACGUGCCGUAGUUAACCCGCAGAAUAUAGGCGAAAAAUGCUUUAAAUGGACGGAGGUCCAUGAUUAUCGUAUCAAUCACAAUUAUACGAAACACGAAAAUAAAUACGAUUUCAGCGGAUUAACGUACCCGACACCUAUGGCAGACAUUAAAAAUUUCGAAAAAAAUAAUAAUAAUGUAUCCGUAAAUGUUUACGCACUCGAAAAAGAAGAAAAAAAUCCUUGCUCCUGCUCCUGA